AUGUAACGUUCCGCUUCAAUUAAAUCUGAACUUUAUUCAGUGUGAGUGUCCACAUCGCACGACAUUCUGACACGCGUACGGAGGCGACCCAGAUUUCACUUUAAAUGCAAGUUACAUUCGAGAGCGAAACCUCUUUUUGAAAUGGCGCUUCUUUUCUCCAGUCGCCGGUAGAAGUAAACAACAUGCAUCGGUCAGAGUUGAAAGGUUGAAACCAAAAUGUCUGCGUCCUAGAGCCUGCCAGCCUCUUUGCAGGUAACGUAGGAAAAAUAUGUAGGUUUCGAAAAAUAGAGUUAACUGUCAAUCCGGUGUCGCAGAAAAUAGUUAGAUUUGGCAAGCGACUUGAAUGACUAUGUAUUUUAUAUAUGGAAAAAGACUAGCAAGCAUUGCUUCAAAAACAUAGUUCGUCCUAAUGUGAGUAACACAGCCAAAUGAAUCACAGUUAGUCGAGCUAGCCAAUUACAAGCACAUGUCACUCCAUCAAAAAACCUUUUGUAUCCUAAAGUAGCAGUGGGAAUCUCGCGCGAAUGCCCCAGUGUGAUGUGGAGACACGCAGCUCACCUGUCCGCGAGGGCCCGAGGGGGAGGGAUUGGACGAGCGCGGCGGCGAGUUUGGGAGUACAAGCACUGUGCUGUCAACUUAUGGGCUUUCCCUCCCUACUCUUCCUCACCGUUGUCUUCUUCACAUUCUCCCUCACCUCGGAGCCAACAGAGAGACCAGCGCCAGAGAGAGAAGGAGAAGUCCAUUUUCAGCAGCGAGCACACUAGUACAGAAGAUGAAGGGAUACAGUGGAGGGAAAAAGAGAGGAUAGUUUACUCCGCCCCAACCUUGCCCGGGGAGAAGAAAGACACCUCCGUCCCUUUGCCCUCCUCCUACAGCCCCCAGUUUGUGGAGUCCAGCUGGUACCAGUGGUGGGAAAAGGAGGGACUGUUCACACCUGAGUACCAGAGCAGACUACCUCAUGCAGUGAAUCGGUCCUUCACACUGUGUAUCCCUCCGCCUAACGUGACCGGAACUCUGCACCUGGGCCACGCCCUCACGGUUGCAAUACAAGAUGCCUUAGUCCGCUGGCGGAGGAUGCAGGGGCACAGAGUGCUGUGGGUGCCAGGGUGCGAUCAUGCCGGCAUCGCUACGCAGGCAGUGGUGGAGAGGAAGCUCCUGAAGGAUCAUGGGAGAUGUAGGCAGGACUACAGCAGGGAAGAAUUUCUGCAGGAGGUGUGGAACUGGAAGAACGAGAAAGGAGAUGAGAUUUAUCACCAGCUGAAGAUGCUGGGAGCCUCACUGGACUGGAGCAGGGCCUGCUUCACCAUGGACCCGGGUUUCAGCCGGGCUGUUUCGGAGGCGUUUGUGAGGCUGUGUGAUUCCGGGCUGAUCUAUCGCUCCGAGGCGCUGGUCAACUGGAGCUGCGCGCUGGAGUCGGCCAUCUCGGACAUCGAGGUGGACACAGUGGAGCUCUCCGGACGAACUCUCCGGUCUGUUCCGGGGUACCAGAACAAAGUGGAAUUUGGGAAUAUGGUCACCUUCGCCUACCCCAUAGAGGGACAGGAAGGGGAGGUGUCAGUCUCUACCACACGGCCUGAGACCAUGUUGGGGGACGUGGCCAUUGCUGUGCACCCCGAUGACCCCAGAUACCAGUCUCUCCAUCAUAAGCAGUGCAGACACCCCUUCAUAGACAGACUGCUGCCCAUCCUGCCCGACCCCCUGGUCAACAUGGAGCUCGGGACAGGAGCUGUGAAGGUGACCCCGGCCCAUGACCACACUGACUUCCUGCUGUCCCAGAGACACUCCCUCCCCCGCAUCACUGUGAUUGGUGGAGACGGGAAAAUGACUGCCCUCUGCGGCCAGUGGCUGGAGGGCGUGAAGCGGUUUGAUGCCAGGGAACGAGUGAUGAGCGCUCUGAUGGAGAAGGAGAUGUUCAGAGGAAAGACGGAUCACCCCAUGUCACUGCCAGUCUGCAGUCGUUCUGGAGAUGUGAUUGAGCCCCUGCUGAAGAGGCAGUGGUUUGUGCGCUGUGAAGAAAUGGCUAAACGAGCUAUGCAGGCAGUGGAUGAUGGGGAGCUGGAGAUCACGCCUCACUUCUACAAGAAGACCUGGAGGAACUGGCUGUGCAACAUCAGCGAUUGGUGCAUUUCCAGACAGCUGUGGUGGGGUCAUCAGAUUCCGGCCUAUCGGGUGUCUCUCCCGGAGGAGGCUGAGGCAGGAGAGGAGCGCUGGGUGUGGGGGAGGGACGAGGCGGAGGCCAGGCAGAGGGCUGCUGUGAGGUUUCGGGUGGAUCCAGAUGCAGUUAUUCUGACUCGGGAUCCUGACGUGUUGGAUACCUGGUUCUCCUCAGCUCUCUUCCCAUUCGCCAUGCUCGGCUGGCCACAGCAGACCUCUGACCUGCAGCAGUUCUAUCCUAACACCCUCCUGGAGACAGGAAGUGACCUCAUUUUCUUCUGGGUGGCCAGGAUGGUGAUGCUGGGUACGGAACUGACCGGUCAGCUGCCCUUCAAGCAGGUGCUCCUGCACUCUCUGGUCAGAGACAAACAUGGGCGGAAGAUGAGCAAAUCCCUGGGGAACGUCAUCGACCCGCUGGACGUCAUUUCAGGCGUCUCCCUGCAGAGGCUUCUGGAGAAGGUGAAGGAGGGGAACUUGGACCCCAGAGAAACCAGCGUUGCCAUGGAAGCCCAGAGGAGAGACUUCCCCAAAGGAAUCCCUGAGUGUGGAACUGAUGCCCUGCGAUUCGCUCUCUGCUCUUACAAGCUCCAGGGGGAGGACGUCAGUCUGUCCGUGUCGCAGGUGCUGAGCUGCAGGCACUUCUGUAAUAAGAUGUGGCAGACUCUGCGCUUCACCCAGGCGGCCCUGGGUUCGAGCGACCGCCCCCUCAGCCCCCUGGCCGAGACGGCCCCUCUCAGCAGUGUGGAGCGCUGGCUGUGCUCUCGGCUCAGGGACACAGUGCUGCAGUGUGAGGGGGGGUUCCAGCGCUAUGACCUGCAGGCCGUCACCUCCGCCCUGCACUCCUUCUGGCUGCACUGCCUCUGCGACGUCUACCUGGAAUGCAUUAAGCCGGUGUUGGGGCAGCAGGACGGGGCCCCAGACAGCUGGGGCGAGGCGGAGAGAGAGAGCAUUCGGGCUGUGCUCUUCCACUGCGUGUCUAUCUCGCUCGCCCUCUUCUCCCCCUUCAUGCCUUACCUCACUGAGGAGCUGUGGCAGCGGCUGCAGGCUCACCGCCCGGACGUCCCGGCUGCGUCGGCUGCAUCGGCUGCUCCAGCUGCUUCGGCUGCCAGCCUGUGCGUUCAGCCCUACCCACAGUCCAGCCAGCUGGACCACUGGCACUUCCCCCAGGAGGAGGCCGACUUCCCCUUGAUACAGGAAGUUGUCAGGGUCACGAGGUCACUGCGGGCCCAGUGUCGCCUGACAAAAGCCAGACCGGACUUGUGGGUGGUGUGCUCGCCCAGUCAGGCCCAGACCCUCCUGCGCUUCAGCUCCACCGUUCGAACCCUGGGCCGGGUCUCCACCCUUCACCUCCACUGCGCCCCCGAGCCAGGCCACGCCCCCGCGGCUGACUCCUCCCCCGCGGCUGACUCCGCCCCCCCGCCGCCUGUCGGAUGCGUGGUGGGCGUGGUCGACCACACCUGUCAGCUACACCUGGAUGUACAGGGCAGUGUGGAUGUGGAUGCACAGAGUGCCCAGCUGUCUGAGCGCAGAGAGAAGGUUCUGGCCCAGCUGGAGCAGUGCGUCUCUCGAACCAGAGGCCCUCACUACACAGAGAAGGUGCCGGAGCGUGUCAGACAGGAGACGGAGAGAAAGAUCUCUGCCUUAGAACAAGAGCUGACUAACAUCCAGGACCAACUGCUGGCAUUACAGAGCUUAAGAAAACAGGACAGCUGAGAGUGAGCGAGCGUGGAGAAGAAGAUCCUGUACUGUAUAAUCCCGCUCAUUAUGGGAUCAGGACAAGCUCAAAAACAAACUGUCACCUAAUUCAGAACUGCACUGGACUGCACCGAGUUGCACCCACUAGCGAACAGACUCGCAGAGACACUGUGGAGCACAGUGCUCUCCCACUGCAGAUCAGUCAGUUCUAACUGGUAGUGUGAGAUGCUUUGGCGGAAAUAUAGUAAUGUACAGGUUUCAGCUGCUUGCCGUGGUUGUUUUGUUUUGAUCAAAGGGAAUAUAGAGUUAAUGUAUAAUAAAUGAUUCACAUGUGUUUUAGGCAUUGUUGUUAAUGUCACAGGCACUGUUUUUAAUGAUGUUUAGUUCUUAACAGAUAUAUUUACAAAGCUGUAUGCUCACAGGCAUUUCAUGUGCACUAUAGUAAUCUUGGACUCCUACGGUAUUUUAAAAACAUGGACAUUAAAAAUCUCACCUGAGCCACA